GUGUUUCCAUCCGGUCGAGCCGUCAGGAAAGAAUGCCUCUUGUUAACGGGGCCUUCUAGGCACGUACCCGAUGUGACGCGGAAGUGAAUCGCCGACGAACGUGCAAGAAAAUGCAAGUUUUCGGGCCGCCGCGUUAAGAAAAGCCAGUCGACCCUAAGGACGAGUGCUUCUGAUUCUCUCUUCUCUUCGCGUUCGCGCCGUUCGUCGUAUAAUCCUUAUGGUCGCAGCAUUGCCUAUCGAAGAUUAACAUUAUUGACACGGCUCCACAGGUGUGUCUGGAUUGUCCAAUCAUCUUCUGCUAUUAUCCCAGCAGAAGAUCUGCAAGAUCAGUCUUCCGUUACACUUGCAUCGUGAGGCAUAAUGUCGCGAGAUUAUGAGAGCAGAAGAAGAGGCGGCAGUGGCAGUGGUAGCAGCUCCAGCAGAUUGCGAAUGGACACAAGCGUCUCGCAGCCCAGGCCACACGGUGAGAGCUCUAGCAAGCGUAAGGAGAUUGACAGUGUAAUGCGAAAGGCGCGUGAGUCACAAUCGAGCUACUGGAACAAGAAGCUGCUGGAGGCGGAGGAGCGCGAUCCGAAUAGGUGGCGUCACAGCGGCUACAAGGAGCUCUACGUCGGCGGCGAGCCCAGCAGCAGAGGACACCCCAGGAGCCCGAGGAGCCCACGAGCGCCGCGCAGCCCGCACAGUCCGCGGCCGCGCAGUCCGCGCGCGCGAAGUCGAUCGCCGCGGGAACGUUCUUCCCGCGAGCACAAUCGAGCCAGACCGGCCGCACGUAGCCCGAGCACAGGCAGUACAUGCUCCGACAGAUCGUGCUCCGUCUGCUCACCGAAAGAACGACGGCGCGUCGCGCCGCCCUCACACUCGCGCUCGCGAUCAGUCACACCUGUGCGUAGCAGACCGCAUCCGAAAGAAGUACUGCCGUCCAGCUCGCGGGCUCUGCCGCCGCGUACUAGGCCGAGGUCACCGCCUCUACCGCGUCCGCGCACACCGCCGCCGGCGCCGCAGCCGCCGUCGUCGCGUCAUCAAAAGGAUUACAAGACUCUCAAGGAGAAGGAGGUCAAGGCUCGCCGUAAGGAGAAGCACCACAGCAGAUUGCCGGAGGAUCCGCGCGUCCCGGACCCCAUCCCAUUGAUGCGUAAACCUGUAAAAGUAGAAAAAACACACUCGUCUCACGGAGCACCGCAAAUGAUGCGACCACCACCGGACUCCUCGCCCAGCGAUGACAGCGACAGUUCCUCAACCACAUCGCAUGUUGGUCCGCCGAGGAUGACAUUGUCCGAACGAUUUGGUAAAAUGGCACAGUGGAGUGUAGACCGUAGGGAUAUGGAGAACAUGCGUAUCACAAAGGACGGCGAGAACGCGAUGAAGGUCGUCAUAGAGGGUGAGGAGAGGAUCGCGCGUUUGGGUUACGAUUCGCCGCCACCCGGUCAUUAUCCCGAAUCGCUUUUGGCCCAAGGACCGAGAGGUCUCGAAUGUUGGGAUGACGUGCGCGUGCGAUACGACUACUACAAGGCCAGGGGAUACCUUCGCGACCUCACUCUCGAUGACUACAUCAAAUGGGAAGAAUGGUGGUACAAGUAUCAAGAAUGGUUGGAAGCUGAACGUUUCUACGAACAGUGGGCCUCGUCGAAUCGUCCGUCCGGCAGUAGUCGCAAGAGACGAGGACGACGUAACAACAAUGCUCACUAAUGGACACUAACGGACACGUAACGUGAAAAUCGAUGGCGAAUUGUAUUCGACUUGUCGACGAUGUCAUUUAUAAAAUGUACUGAGAUAUCUGUUGUGCUUAUUAUAAGGAUACCGAAAAUGUGUACACAUUGCAUUGCAUACAUCGUAAUAAAAAAAAAAUAUGUUCCGCA